AUCUUUGAGAAUACAAGUGAUGUGUGUACAUUUCUGUAUGAUCUAACAGACAGUUGAGUGGUGGACUUUGAGGAGUGUGUAUGUCUACCAACAGAUUCUGGAGGAUAAAUGUGCUUCCCUGAGAGAGCAGGUGCACGCUCUAAUUGAUACAGUUUCAAAGAAGGAGCCCCUUAUGACAGAUGAUGGAAACAGGGACCUACUGACCCAGUUUCAUAUCGAGGCUGGUUACAUUGGACAUACAUUCUUUGAUUAUAAGCUGGCUCAUGAGCACCUUCUUGCUGCCAAGAAAUGUACAGGGCUUCAGAUAAACCUAACAGGUGCCAUGGGGAAAAGAACCAGAUUCCAGGUAGAAGACAAAGCCCAGCUUGUUCUGGAAGUCAGAAGGGGCGAGGGGGGAACCAAGCAAGAGAAUACAGUCAAAACGAGGCUCCCAAAGGUUUUAAAUUUAGAUGAUGACACGGUGUUAGACGCCAUUAAUUUGACAGAACCAGGGACAGAGUUUGCUGUUGACAUGUCACCUGGGGAACAAGCUGUUGUCAUAGCAACUAUGGAGGAUCACUUGAGGACACAUGCCAAUCAGGAGAGACUCACUGAAGAGGAAUCUGCUGCUCAUAUAGAGUGUGUUUUGUCUCAGGUGAAAUGUUGGAGUAUUACUUUGGCCUGUCUUUAUCGAAGGUCGUGUCUGGAGAAAGGAAGUCGCCGGCGAGUUGAGAGGUCUAUGAUGCAGAUUGAGGAGUUGGUGAAUCAGAUGAAAACUAAUGACCCCCCACCAUCAGACAGACUGUUCUUGUUCUUCUCUGUGAAGCUUCCUCCAUUUUGGAAACUAGAGGUAGGUGAUGUUUAG